CCAAUGUAAGUGGUCCAGCUCGGAAGACGUCGUGUAUAGACUUAUUUGAACGGAAAUUAGUUUCAAGCCCCUUGUCUACCUUACAGUUGUUAAUAGCCUUGGGUUGUGUUUUAACAACGACUGGUUUAUGAGUUAUUAAUCUGUCAAAUUCAAACUUUCCCAAACUCCGCCUCUGCACGGGGGAGGGGGAGUGCAGCCUGUUGAAGACCACCUGUGCUCUUUUUCUUUUUCUUAUCUCGUGUGAUGGAGGCUCUUGAUGGUGCUCCAUCAAGAAGAGAAGUGUGCAUCAAGUGGAUCUGGAGAUGACAACAGAUGAGCCGCAGGCAGCAGGCAGAAGCAGGGGCUCUGUGAAUGACAAGGAUUCUACAACGAUCAGGAUGAUUUCCUGUCACGAUUAUGGAUUUAAUUCGCUAUCAUAAUUUGGAAUUACUUGCAUGCACAAUUGUAAUCUCUUCACUGUUUGUGAUAGAUGGUGCAUCUCCUGACAGGCCGCGUUCACCAGUGGACCAGUGCUCACCAAACCCGUGCCAGAACAGUGCGAUAUGCAGGAUCCGCAGAGACGACUACUCGUGCUUCUGUGUGCCGGGGUUUCAAGGUGCACACUGUCAGAUCGACGUGAAUGAGUGUGCCUCACAGCCCUGCAGGAACGGAGCUACCUGCGUGGACCGAGUGGGCCGGUUCUCCUGUCUGUGUUCUCCUGGGUUCACUGGGGCCAUUUGUGAGGUCCAGGUUGAUGAGUGUCAAUCACAGCCAUGUCUCAAUGGCGGUAGUUGCCACGACUACGCUGGUGGCUUCACUUGCACCUGCCUGCCCGGUUUCCAAGGACACCAAUGCGAAAUCAACAUCGACGAGUGCCAAGAGCAGCCAUGCCAAAAUGGGGCGCUGUGUAUAGAUGGGGUGAACGACUCCAGCUGUGACUGCUCUCACCCAGCCUUCACUGGCAGACACUGUGAGACCCCACUCCCAGCCUGCCUCUCUGACCCCUGCUUCAACAGCGCCACCUGCCAGGACAACCAGGGUGACUACAGCUGUGACUGCUGGCCAGGGUUUGAGGGGCGUCAGUGUGACAUUGACAUCAACGAGUGUGGCAGCCAGCCCUGCAUGCAUGGAGGCCGCUGCAUGGAGAGGUCGUGGCAGCCUCUGUAUGGCAGCGAGCCUCUGCUGCCCGAACACUACGACCAGCAGCAUGCUGCGGGCUACAUCUGCAGCUGUCCUCCAGGAACUACAGUUAGAGGAGUCUGGGGCUAUCCUGGAGGAAAAGGUGACGGCAUGAUGUGGACACCCGCACCAUGGAUUUGGGGGAUUGUAUUGCUUGGAACAGGUUCCCUCUGCCAGGAGGUGAUAGACCAGUGUGACCCCAGUCCCUGCCACAAUAGGGGCAGUUGUGAGAGCCAUGUUGGAGGUUACAUGUGCCACUGCCAAAAACAGAGUCAUGAUGGCGUCCUCUAUGGAGGUGUAAACUGUGAUGUGAAGAUAGAAGGCUGUGAGGGACAUAAAUGUGAGAACCAAGGCUCCUGCUCUCCUUUCCUGUUGGAUGGGUUUAAUGGAUAUACCUGUUCCUGCUCACCUGGUUACACUGGACCCGUGUGUGGGACCCCCACCACCUUCUCCUUUGAGCGCAGAGGCUAUCUGCUGCUGCAGAGUCCCCUGGUAGAUGCUGUGGUGUCCUGCAACAUUACCCUCAGCUUCAAGACAUCUCUACCAAGAGCGUUGUUGUUCCAGAGUAACAGCAGGGGGCUGCUGCUGAAUCUGGAGCUGCACGAGGGGCAGCUUCGUCUCACACUCAGGAAGGAGGCCUCUGCUGGGGAUGAAGCAGAGAGCCCAAGCCAGGUCCUGGAGCUUCCACACAAUGUCACAGAUGGAGAGUGGCACACUGUGGAAGCAGUGCUGGGGAGCUGGAUGCUCAGUUUGACUCUCUUGGAUGAUAAUGGGAGCUGUGGGAGCCAGUCAUGUCACCAGGUGGCCUCAGUCCAAAGCACCAUGGCCAGGCUGGUGUCACCUCCUCAGAACACUUUUAUUGGAGGAGUGCUUCAGGACUCAAAUGCCCCGGGUGAGGUCUCUCCACUUCUAGCAUUCAUUGGAUGCAUGCGGGAUGUGUUUGUGGACUGGCAGCUCAUUGUCCCCGGGGAAUGGCUGAGCGACUCUGCUGUUAAUGUGUCCCCCGGCUGCAGCCACAGGGACCGCUGCCUGGAUGUGCCUUGCCAAAAUGGAGGACAGUGUGUCAACCUGUGGCAGAGCUACCAGUGCCGAUGUCCAAGGCCUUAUGAGGGGCAGGACUGUGAGGAGGAACAUGUGACGACGCGCUUUGGAACCGAUGACUCUCAAAGUUACGCAUCUUUCACUGUCACCGAUGAUCUGGGUGAUGGCCUCUCCAUCUCCCUCUUCCUGCGCACACGGAGGAACAGCGGACUCCUCUUGGCGCUCGCCAACAGCAGCAGCCAGUAUCUGCACCUGUGGCUGGAGGACGGCAAGGUCACAGUUCAACUCAAUAACUUUGCGAGCCUGAAGGCGGAGAGUGCUAUCAAUGAUGGGGAAGUCCAUUUUGUGAGUGUAGAGGUGGAGGAGGAUCGUAUGGCGCUGUAUGUAGCAGAUCAGAAACAAGGAGAUGUAGCAGUCAGGACGAUCAAUGUCCAAGCCGGAGACACUGUGUAUGUAGGAGGUCGCUCUGAGAAUUGGACGACUUCAGCGUUUGGUGGAUAUUUUAAAGGCUGUAUUCAGGACCUGAGGAUCAACGACAGGAGGCUGCAGAUUUUUGGGUUGGACACCUCAGUGAGAUCUUAUCCUCUGAAGUUCAUAACAAAUGUGACUGCUGGAUGCUCUGGGGACAAUGCCUGCAGUAUGAAGCCAUGUCUAAACGGUGGGCUGUGCUACUCCAUGUGGGAUGAUUUCACCUGCACCUGCCCUCCAAAGACAGAAGGGCGGCGCUGUGAGGAGGUCAGGUGGUGCGAGCUGGCUCCUUGCCCCCCAGACUCAGAGUGCAAGAUGCUUAACCAGGGAUAUGAAUGCUACUCCAAUGCAACUUUCCUGAAUGAGAGCACUGUGUUGGUUUACCGGGGAAACGGCCACAUAUCCCGCAAUAUAACAAACCUCUCCCUAAACCUACGCACACGGAAGCGUAACACGGCUAUUCUCCACGCAGAGAUGGGCUCCUCUUUCUUCACACUGUCCAUCCAGGGUGGUUUCAUCUUCAUGGAGCUUCAGAGCAGCAGUGGAGAGAACAGAACGGAGGGGGAGGGAGAGCAGGCUGUGACCGCGGUCAGCCUCAGCAGCAGGACGAGUGUCAGCGAUGGAGAGUGGCACAGCAUCAACCUGCUGAUGGCGGCUCCAUGGACACAGAGCUCCCGCUGGACUCUGGUUCUGGAUGAAGAGAUAGAGGAAGCCAGCACUUCCAGGAUGCAGGGAGGCAACCUGAACUUCCUCAGGCAGGGGGUGGACAUCUUCUUAGGAGGCCUGGCCCCUGAUGCUGGGUGGUCCCUGGCUGGGUGCCUGGGCACAGUGGAGCUGGGGGGCAUUGCCCUGCCUUACUUCAGCUCCUCUGAUGUGAACUUUCCACGCCUACAGGAGGAGCGGUUCACCCGGACCUCCCUGCUGACCCCCCUCCACGGCUGCAGCGGGGCCCCGGUGUGUGAGCCCAACCCCUGCCUGAACCAAGGGGAGUGUCAGGACCUUUUCAACAUCUUCAACUGCAGCUGUGCCACGGGCUGGGCCGGGAGGCGCUGCAGCUUCUUCACCGACACAUGCGCUUCCAGUCCCUGUAUCCACGGCAACUGCAGCGUCAACGGGCUGACCUACAACUGCAGCUGUGAGUCGGGCUACGCAGGCGUGGACUGUGAGGAGGAGGUGGAUAUGUGUGAGAACCACCUGUGUGCCCAUGGAGGAACCUGUCUGCAGGGAGUAGACAGAUACGCCUGCCUCUGCCCUGAGAACUACACUGGAUCACUUUGCAUUGAUCGCCUUGAAGAAAUUCCGUGGUACAUUGUUACAUCACGAAAAGUACGGCCUAAGCUGCCUGUUUCUGUGUGUGGAGAUGACACCAGGAACUACACCUGCUUCAAUGGAGGCAACUGCACAGAGCGAGAGCUGACCUGUGACUGUCCAUCCGGAUUCAAUGGACACCGGUGUGAGCAGGAGACUGAUGAGUGCAUGUCCAACCCCUGUCUGAACGGAGGCUACUGCCGCAACCUCAUCAACAGGUUUGCCUGCGUGUGCGAAAUGAGCUUCGCCGGAGAAACGUGCCAGACGGACUUGACCUCUUCGGGUUUGACCUCUGACCUCUUACUGUCCAUCAGUCUGGUGUCCGUCGUCCUGCUGCUGAUCUUGAUCCUCACCUCCGUCAGCCUGGUGGUGGCGCUAAAUCGCCGCGCAACCCACGGCACCUACAGCCCCAGCCGGCAGGAGAAGGAGGGGUCCCGGGUGGAGAUGUGGAGCAUCACCCAGCCACCGCCUAUGGAGAGGCUCAUAUGACAUGCACGCUGAUAAUGUGGUUAUUAUAAAAAUGAAUGUUCCUGAUAACAGAUUUAUAACUUAAAGGAAUGCUUCACCCACACAAUUAUAAUGUGUGUAUCAAUGACUCACCCUGUGUUACCUCGAAAACGUUGGUGGUUUGCUUUCACUGUGAAAGAAAGACUAAACAAACAGGAAAUUAUUGAUGAAUCAAGGUAACCCGGGAUGAGUAAUACAUGUUUUUAGGGUGAGGCAUUAUUUUAAAGAAUAUCUGCAGCCUGGAUAUAACCGUGGUCUUCCUUUCCACUUUAAAAUACUGCUGUCUUUCUUCACAUGCUGGAAGACUAUCGGAUCUUGUGUCAUUUCUUUGUGUAAUGGUUCGUCCCAGUGUUUCAUCCAUCUUCCUGGGAUGUUUUGCACCUGGCUUCACCACCCAGCAGUUCAUCCAUCUAAAUGCAAAGAUUUCAGUUGAAAUCGUAUCGAGUCUAUCAUACCUAUUAGUCUGAUCCAUCUUUUUUUUACACACAUGGGUUUCAUCUGGAAACAGGCAGAAUGAGUUAGACAGUCCUUCAUUAGAGGAUACAUGUUUUUUUUCCAUGUUCCUUAAUGUUGAAAAACGAAAGGAUCAAAGUGUUAGUCCGUCUCUUAAUCUCAUUGGUUCCUACUGAAGACAUUCAUCUUUUAAAACAAAUAAAAAAAGGCUCUGUAAUCUCCUAAAUCAGCUAGGCACUGUCAUUGUAUAUGAAGUGUUACAGGACUAAAUGUAGUCCUGUACAUUUCUUAAGAUCCGUUUUUAUCUGCGGAUUAAUACACAUUUGCUAUUCAAGUCAAUAUUUAUUGAAGCAAUAUGUGAAAUUAACUCAAUUCAGUGUUUUGGGUCUUUUCAAGGUCUCUGACAAUAAGAAAAAUAUAGAUUCAUUCACUUCCAUCCAUGCGUCUUCAUUAUUGUAUAAAAGCAUUCAAAAUCCAUAAGUGUUACAUGUCUAUAUACGCUGUUUCUUGCUGCCAGUUUUUAUUUAUUUUGAGGGUUCAAUAAGAAAUACUCCUCACUGACAGAAUAAUGUCAUUUAGAAGUCAGGUUUCAAGACACAUUAGCUGAGAGUAGUUUCUUAGUUUCCUCUGGGUUGACUUGUAUGUACUUAGUUAGCUGUAGUGUCAUUUUAAUUGUAUAUACCAUAAUAGUGAUGAUUUUUGUUUAUCAUGUUUGAAACUGUGAAUUUCAUUUCUACUUUUAAUUGUUGGAAGCUAUACAAAAAAUGUUCUGGUUAAUAAAGUUAAUUUAUUUUAUGUCGACACAAUGUUAUGUAUUUUCUAGUGUUGCUAACUGUAUUACUGUUAGAGCAUUAGCAUUUUCUUUCUUUGUAUGCAAUAAUAAAUAAUUCAGUACACACAGAUUAUUUCCACACCUGCUGUAUCUUUCUAUGUACACAAAUAUUAAAGGUCCCUAUUGUA